AUGCAGAAGCCAUUAAGAGAGUUGAGUCGACUGUGCUUUGGUGCAAGUAGUCAAACCAGGCAAACGGUAGCAGCGACGGAUGUUUGUAUCGAGUUCCGUCGUGGUUUACCCGUUCUGCAAGUAUGGCCAAGCGAGUCACCAAGAAGAGAUGCAAACAACCAGGAAUUCGUAUUUCCAGACACUCAAGAUAAUGUUACUGAUAGUGGAAUUGAAUCCAUCCAGGCCUCUCCAUCAGGAAACACCGGCACAACCGCCGCGAUCAGCACCAGCCCAUCCAUCACACCCCAGCAUUCACGUCGUACGAGCAUCCUCCUGCACCCGGACCAUGCGCGCCUCAAUCGUCACUUCCACGUCGUACAUAAUAACGAGAAAAGCGGCGGAUCGCGCGAUACCGGGGGGAUGUGCGGUUCACCCGACAGGACCUCCAUCGAUGAGGAGCGACAAGCGCUGAGCCCGGCGAGUUCCACCACUAGUAGUUUAAGGUCCAUGCCGAGCUCCACGAUGACCUCGAUUCACGAACGGCGCCGUAGCAGCAGAUACAGCAUGUUCGACGCUCUGGACCUUGAGUAUGCUCUGCUCAGGGCGGCCGCCCGUGGUUCCGUUGGCCCGUAUUCCCUUUCCGAGUCUCUGCACAAGCUAACUUUUACCCAGAGCUUAGCCUUCCCGGGCUUGGCUCGUGGCCUCGCCUUGAAACAGAAUGGCAUUCAGUCCAGGUCUCGUCAGUCGCAGCAACAUGGCGAAAGCGGCAUGAAUGCCUUCGCCAAAAUCAUCACCGCCCUAGUUCUCGUGCUCGUGAGUGUCCUCGUUUUUGGUGUAGUGUACAAGUUUGUGCGCACGUGA